AUGAAUACCACGACGGCCAAAAUGCAGGGUUUAAACCAAACCUCGAAAAUCGAAUUUUGUUCAAAUACUGGGGAGCACGAAGCUAUAACAAUACUGAAAUAUGUGAUUCUCAGCGCGAUUUUUAUUACCAGUCUCUGUGGUAACUGCUUUGUUUGCUGGGUUGUUUGGAAACGACUUCGAAUGCGGACAGUAAUGAAUUUUUACCUGGUGAAUUUGGCCGUGGCGGACUUGGCCUUCACCGUGAUAUGUAUACCAUUCGAUAUACCCGUGCAAGAGAAUUCCUGUGUUUGGCCGUACUUUGGUGCACUGUGUAAGGCGCUCUUCCCUUUGCAAACCAUGUGUGCUUAUGCCUCGGUCUUCACGCUAACUGCGAUCGGCUUCAGCCGAUAUCGCGCCAUUGUGCACCCUCUAAAACCUCAGAUGGGUCUAGCUGCUACAAAGAGAAGUAUCGUCGCAAUAUGGAUCAUCUCUUUUGUCUUGGUUCUGCCUUAUGUGUUGGUUUUACAGCUCGAUCUUGAGACCGGACACUGCGCCGAGAGCUGGCCUGAACCCAAGGACACAUACAGCCGCGUAUACUCGGUUACCAUAUUCAUCACAGAAUACGCAGUGCCUUUGACGGUGGUUUUUGGUUCAUAUGUGAAGAUCUGCGCCGAACUUCGCAAAAACGGCGCAUCGAGAGAGGAUUCCUCCACACAACCAUAUCAUGCCCACGACGCGGAAAAAGUGCUAAAGAUGUCGAUCGUCGUCACGGUGGUUUUCGCUUUAUGUUCGUUGCCUAACCAUAUCGUUUGGCUGGCUCUAGACUUCAGUGAAAACAAUUGCCCGCAGUGCAAUACUUGGGUCAUUGUAGCCAAUACGUUUGUGUUCGUUAAUAGCGCAGCGGAUCCGGUAGUGUAUACCAUAUUCAACGAGAAAUACCGCGAGGAGUUUAAAAGAGUUAUACGCCGAGUAAAACGUCGCAAAACUACAAGAGAACACGGAACAAUUCCCGAGUUGCUAUAA